UAAUCUGUACUUCUAAUGCAGCCGCCUCGUAUAUGGCUUGAAUCCGCGCUGUUUGUUUUUCCCUUGCCGGGAGGAGCGGCGACUACAAUGAACACGACUGUCCGGCAUCUGUUUCAACAGUUAACAUUCUCAUUCGUCCAAACGUCCCGUAGAAAUCCGCUUCAAACAGUUUUUGCACCACCUCACCGCAACAUAGGUACAAUGGGGGUGCCCGCGGCUCAUAUCGAAGCCAAGCUUAAGGAGAAACUGGAGUGCACCCACGUGGAGCUCACUGAUCUGAGCGAUGGAUGUGGGCAAAAGUUCGCCGCUGUCAUUGUGUCUCCGAAAUUUGUCGGUAAGAACCUGUUAGCGCAGCAACGACUCGUUAACUCUGUGCUCGCUGAUGAACUCCAGCAAAUUCAUGCAUUUACCCAAAAAACGUUUACGCCAGAGGCAUGGCAGAAAGCUACUGGUAAAUAAAUUAGGAACUCGGAACAUCAAAGCAGUUUUAUAUAAUGAAUAAACGCCCGGAUUAUGUACGUGGUUA